AACGCGCAGAGAGGACGUCAUUAUUGCGCGGGUUUGUCAAAAAGUAUCUGCCUCGUAUAUUUAUGUAGUUACUAGUUGUCAUAAUUAUACAGUUUUAGGUCAUCAUUCAGACAGAUAUAAAUUGUGAACUUUAAACCGCGUUGCUUUGUGCCGCUUUUUAUUUUAUUUUAGCGGAAACUCAAGCGUUAGCUACGUGACUCUCUACAAAUUGGAUUAGAGCUAAGUACGACUACCUGUGAAUGAUCGUUAACGUUAGCAGCCUUGCUACAGUAGAUUAGCUAAAACAGCUGCUGGGAGUGAACCAUAACGCAGCUACUUAGAGGAGCUGAUUUGAUUCAGAACUACACGUUAUUUAGUGAAGCGUUAAAAUAUAUCAGGGUUUUUUGUCGUCGUACGGAUUUACGUUAGUGGCAAUACACGGUUGACAGUAAUAACUUAAUUUCCAUCAGCCCGUGUAACGUUAGAAGCCAGUCAGUUAAGUUAUCAGCAUGGAUAGUUACAGUCAUCGGUUUGACUCAACAACGGGACGAGACAGUAAAUCUCAAAAGAAGAAGGGUUCAUCCCAUCUCAGCACGUCAUGCUACGAUGAAGGAGACCGCAAACCUAAGUUUCAUUUACCCUUUAGAAACAUCACAGACGAUGUGUUGGACAGAUUUGCCAGUAUACGCAUACCAGGCAGUAAAAAGGAGCGGCCACCCUUAUCGCUGUCUAAGCACCAUGCAAGCGAUUGGUCCAUUUCUUCUUCAUCCACCUCCCAUCUGUUUGAGGAACUUUCAUCCAAGAUCACUACAGAGAAAGAGAUUCUGGCUCUUUUCGAAAAGAUGAUGGAGGACAUGAACUUAAAUGAGGAAAAAAAGACGCCUUUGAGAGAAAAAGACUUGACCACAAAGAGAGAAAUGGUCACCCAGUAUAUUUUUACUGCUUCUAAAACUGGAAGCUUAAGAAGCAACCAUCAGAUUUCGCCCCAGGAAUUUCUGGGAGAGCUGAAAUCAGGGGUGAUGGACGAACGUCUUUUUGCCUGUCUCGACUCAUUGCGAGUGUCCCUCACAAGCAACCCUGUCAGUUGGGUGCAGAGCUUUGGACACGAGGGCCUGGGACUGCUGAUGGACAUUCUGGAGCGGUUGCUUUUCAAAAAACAGCAAGAGAAGAUUGAUAAAAGGAACCAACACAAAGUUGUCCAGUGUCUUAAAGCCAUCAUGAACAAUAAGUAUGGCCUGGAUCGGAUCCUAGGGGAGGAGAAAAGUCUUGCUUUACUGGCAAGAGCGAUUGAUCCCACCCAGACGGCCAUGAUGACCGAUGUGGUAAAACUACUGUCGGCCAUCUGCAUUGUGGGCGAAGACAAUAUUUUGGAGAAGGUCCUUGAAGCCAUCACCACAGCAGGGGAAUGGCGAGCCACGGAGAGGUUCAGCCCCAUUGUUCAAGGACUGCGAGAUCGCUCAGUUCAAUUACAGGUGGCAUGCAUGCAACUCAUCAAUGCUCUGGUAACAUCUCCUGAUGAGCUGGACUUCAGGCUGCACAUCAGAAAUGAAUUUAUGCGCUGCGGUCUGAAAGAGAUAUUGCCGCAACUGGCAAGCAUCAGGAAUGAGGCCCUUGAGAUCCAGCUGAAGGUGUUUGAGGAGCAUAAAGAAGAAGACAUGAUAGAGUUUUCUCACAGGCUGGAAGACAUCAAAAGUGAACUCGAUGAUGUGGGGGACGUAUUCAGUAUUGUGAUGAGCAUGGUGAAGGACAGCAGUGCAGAGCCUCAUUUUCUGUCUAUACUGCAGCACCUGAUGCUUAUACGCAAUGACUACUUUGUCAGGCCUCAAUAUUUUAAGGUCAUUGAAGAGUGUGUGUCUCAGAUUGUGCUUCACCGAAGUGGUACUGACCCAGACUUUAGCUACCGCAAGCGCCUCGACGUUGACUUCAGCCACCUCUUAGAGGUGUGUGUGGAAAAGGCCCGAAUUGAGGAGUAUGAACAAAGAGCUUCAGAACUGGCAGAGAAAUGUGAUGAGGAGUUUCUAAGCAGACAGGAGGCACAAGCUCAGCUUUUAAAGUAUGAAGAAAAAAUAGCUGAACUCCAAGCAGAGCUGCAGGCCUUCAGGUCACAGUUUGGAGCUGUACCCGUUAGUCUGUCCACCCACAGUGGACAGGCAUCAUCUCCUUCAGCGUUACCUUCUGGGCCCCCCUCUGCUCUAGCACCUCCUCCACCUCCUCCACCUCCUCCGCCUCCCUUACCAGGCUGUCCUGCACCACCUCCUCCACCGGGAGUGCCUCCUCCGUUUGGUGCCCCUCCGCCACCUCCUCUAGGAUUUGGGGGUGCUCUAGCCUCUCCCCCUCACCAUGCACUGCCUUAUGGCCUCAGGCCCAAGAAAGAAUUCAAGCUCGAGACCUCCAUGAAGCGCCUGAACUGGUCCAAGAUCCGUCCCCAGGAGAUGUCAGAGGGCUGCUUCUGGGUGCUGGCUGACGAGGACCAGUAUGCAAAACCAGACUUACUUACCCGAUUUACCCUCACGUUCGGUUCGCAGAGAUCAGCCAAAAGAGAAGAAGAGGAUCUGGAGGAUAAGAAAUCCAUAAAGAAAAGAAUUAAAGAGCUCAAAGUGCUCGAUCCCAAGAUUGCUCAGAAUCUUUCCAUCUUCCUCGGUUCCUUCCGCAUGCCUUACCAAGAGAUCCGUCGCAUGAUUCUGGAGGUGGAUGAGGAGCAACUCACUGAACCUAUGAUCCAGAACCUUGUAAAGCACCUCCCAGAGCAGGAGCAGCUGAACGCCUUGGCCAAGUAUGGAAAUGAGUACGCAAAUUUGUCAGAGCCUGAGCAAUUUGGGGUAGUGAUGAGCAGCGUGAAACGGCUGCGCCCUCGCCUCAGCCACAUUCUAUUCCGGCUGCAGUUCGAGGAGCAGGUAAACAACCUGCGUCCAGACAUCCUGGCUGUAAAUGCUGCCUGUGAUGAGGUCAGGAAGAGCCGUUCCUUUGGCCGUUUGCUGGAGCUGGUGCUGCUGCUGGGGAAUUACAUGAAUGCUGGCUCUCGAAAUGCCCAGUCGUAUGGCUUCGACCUCAGUUCCCUGUGCAAGCUGAAGGACACAAAGUCAGCAGACCAAAAGACCACGCUGCUCCACUUCCUGGCACAAGUAUGUGAGGAGGAAUUUCCAGAUGUGAUCAAGUUUGUUGAAGACCUUGACCAUGUGGACCGAGCUAGCCGAGUGUCUGCAGAGAAUCUGGAAAAGAGCCUCCGGCAGAUGGAGAGACAGCUGCUGCAGCUGGAGAGAGAUCUGGAGACUUUCUCCUCCCCAGAUGACCCCAACGACAUGUUCUUCACUAAAAUGGCUAGCUUCAGCAACGGUGCGCGGGAGCAGUACGGCAAGCUGGCGAGCAUGCACGGCAACAUGCAGGCGCUGUACGAGAACGUGCUGGAGUACUUCGCCAUCGAUCCCAAGAAGACCUCUGUGGAGGAGCUGUUCACCGACCUCAGCAGCUUCCGCUCCAUGUUUGCUCAAGCGCUGAGAGAGAACCAGAGGCAGAGGGAGUCGGAGGAGAAGCAGAGGAGAGCACGGGCGGCGAGGGAGAAGGCCGAGCGCGAGAAGCAGGAGAAACAGCAGCAGAAGAAGAGGAGGCUGCUGGAAGUCAACGCAGAGAAUGAUGAGACAGGUGUGAUGGAUAGUUUGCUGGAAGCCCUACAGUCAGGAGCUGCAUUCAGAGACCGCAGGAAAAGAGUGCCAAGGCCCAGAGAUAACCGGCAGCAGACAAUCAGCCCCAGCUCCUACCGCCAGGUUCUCAGGCCUGUUAACCAUGACAACAAGGCACCUUUACAAAGGUCUCGCUCUAGGCAGAAUAUAAAUGUGGGCUCAGCGGCGGUGAAGGCUCCCCCCGCCAAGGAGGUCCAUAUCCAGCCCGAGGCCCAUCCAUCCGCAGCGAGGGCCAAGACUGCUGCGUGUACGGAGUUGGGCCGCAGGUCCGGGAACGCCCCGGGUCCCGGCUACGGCCCGGACAGAGAGAGGGCGAUAGAGAGAGAGAGGGAGACGCCCAAACGUAGAGAAAAGGAGGCUGGAGCGGAGCCGCCGUGCUUCCAGCCAAGCUCCACUGGGGCUGGAGUCAGCAGCUGUGGCACCAACGGAGAGUCAGACGUGGAGGCUCUGCUGGCCAAACUCAGGGCCCUGUGAGGUUUGUCUGAAGUAGCAUGUUGUCCACAGGAGAGUAUGUUUAUAUGAGCAUAUAAUAAGAUGUAGGUAUUAAAGGAACAUAGAGGUUUUCCAAGCUUAAUCGAAAUACAUUUCAUGAUAUCAUCUUUGUCUGAGCCGGUCACACGCUGGUCCACAGAAUGUCAUCAGGGGUCACGGGAGGUCACGUCAUAAGACAGACACUGAUUUAUUGAAGUUAAACCCACGUGAAAUACGGCCAAACAGCCUUUGUACCUGAUCCUCAAAGUGCACUGCCAGUAACACUUGGCCACGUUCCUAAGAACAGGAUCAUAAUAAUAAGAAUAAUAGCUUUUCUCUGAAAUUAAAAGAUGCAAUGUUACCCAGCACUUUCGCUGUAGUCUAGACAUAUGUAGUAUUAGAUAGAAAUGCAACAAAUAAAUAUAUAAAUACAGUUUCCUAUAAAUCUGUUUUGUUGGUGCACCUUCAUCCUAUUAUUAUCAUACAUGUAUUGAAUUUUUUUAGGCACAUUAGCUAUUUUCACUUUCAUGUUUUACUCACAGACCAUUAGUUUAUUUGUUUUGAGCUUUUAAUUAUUUUCUUUUUUCGGGGGGGGGGUGAUGAAAUGUCUUUGUUAUUCACAUCACUGAUAUGACUACUUUAUAUUGUUUGCAUCUAGAUUCCAUUUUUAUAGAAAGCACGAGGUGUCAUUCAUGUGCAGGUAAUUGCAUACUGUACAGUAAUUAGAUGUGCUCGUUGGUUGUGGUGGCACUGAUGCUGCGGCUCAUUUUCAGCAGGAACAUUUAAACGCACUGAUAAAGUGUCUGAUACGUGGAAGCGGUGGGAACCGGCACCGCUUUUUUCUUACAUUUUCUGCAUCUAGUACAAUGUGUUGUAUGUUUAUUCAUAUUGCUCACUUUUAUAGCCUGAUUAACAAUAAAAAGAAAGGUUGUGUA